AUGCAGGAAGACAACGUGACUGUGCCUUCCACUAAGUCGGGUACACCGAAUGCCAACAACCCUGGAAACAGGAUUGUCUCCCAGUCCAACAAUGAGGUAAACACAAACAACUCAAACUCUAGAGCAAAAUCUUUUGACAACAAUCCAAACGUAAAUAGCUCUGACAACAAGGCCAGCAUGGAUACUCCGAGUUUAUUUCCUUUUGACAUGUCGAGCUGGGAAGACACUCCCGAUAUGAACUUCAUGAUGGAUCCUCAUCAUGCAAGUGUGGACUCACCCUCCAUAAUCUCAAGCGUGGUGUCUCCAAUGAACAACCUCAAUCAACUUGGUGGGUUGAACCUUCAAAGUAUGACAAACAUUUCAGGUCUAAAUAUGAACGGUAUACAAGGAUUUAACAAUAUGAGUAAUAUGGGCACAAUGCCUGUGUUAAGUAACGUGAAUAGUAUGAACAAAAUGGGAAGCUUAAAUCAUCUGAAUAAUUUGAUAAAUUUGAAUAUACAACAACAGCAACAACAGCAACAACAACAUAAAAAUGCCCAAGAGCAGAGUAAGAAAUUAACAGAAGUGUCUGGGCCGUCUAUUGAUUAUUCGGCACAGCUACAACACUAUCAAAAUCUUCUUUUAGAAACCCAAGGUUUACUUAAUAUGAAGCAACAGAUGCAGCAAAAGUCGCCAGGAUCAAAUGCAGAUACUCCCCAGCCAAACACACCACAAAGUGUAAACACAGCUAGUUAUAAUAAUAGUCAACAAAAUAUGAUCCAACAACUUUUGCAGCUGGCACAAAUGCAGCAAAAUUUGCAGCAAUCACAACCACAAAUACCGUUGCAACAACAAAUCAACCAGAACUUGGCAUCAUCUAUUUCAGCUGCAUUUCAAUCUGGUGUCCCAAACUUGCCUCAGGAUGUCAAUGCUUUACAAUCGUAUAUAACCCAAUUUAGCAACUUGCAGCAGCACCAACUCUUUCCACAACAGCAACUACAACUGAAUGCACAGUCUACACAACCACCAAUAAAGUUUUCCCCAAAUGAUGGUCGUCUAGAAGCACCGUCCAAGCUUAAAAAGAAGGCUGAAGUCCCCCAGCCACGUACCAAAAUAAGGCCUUGUGAUCAUUGUCGGCGUCGGAAAAUCAAAUGUGUCAUGAUUCCCGAUUUACGCUCAUGUAAAUCAUGCCAGCAAAAGGGAAUCAAAUGUACGUUCAACGAAAACACAACUGUCAAAAGAAAUAUACAACCAUUAGAACAAGACAAUAAACGGAUGAAAUUUGAAGAUCCAACUAUUGAGCCCCCACCAAACGUGUUGGUUAGAGACGUUCCCCCCAUCAAAGACUAUUCCAAGAUGCAAGGAGAUUCAUUGCUCAAGAAAACUCUAAGUCUACAAUUCCCCAGGUCUUCGUUUUACAUUGGUCCAACCUCCAUCUACGAUCCUUUGUUUCUAGACAAGGUAUCGUUGGAUAAAAUUGAUCAGCUUCAGAUCAACAAAACACGGUCAAUUAGGAAAGUUUCCAAUAACAUUCAAUUUAUGCUACGUGACGAUUUUAGUGAAAUGUUAUACGAACAGUCUGAGAAGGAUUCAGAUACGGUUGAGAAGUAUGUUGCCCCCCAUGGACAGAUCUUAAUUGAUCUUUAUUUCAAGAUGGUUCAUCCAUCAUUUCCCGUUUUACAUAAGAAAAUAUUUCUUGAAAAAUAUUCAAGAACACAUAGAGAAUUCGGAGCUUCCUUACUAGCGGCAGUUUAUUUGUUGGCAAUUCAGUGGUGGGAUUAUGAACCACGACUUGCGAAGUUUCCAAAGCCAGAUGUUUUGUCCUUGCAUAGGUUUGCAAUUCGUACUUUUGCUGACAUUAUUCAAAGACCCAAAUUGAGUGCAGUCCAAGCUGGUCUUCUUCUACUCCAAUGCCAAUCUCUAGCAUCGUCCAAUCUUCUGUCAAUGAAGGAUAAACAAAACAAGAAAACACAAAUUGACCAAAGGACUAAAGAGGAGCGAGAUAAACAUAUACUUGAAACCCAGCUCCAACUUUAUAACCAGAAUAAUUGGCUACUUUGUACCCAAGUAGUUGGGUUGGCAGAAGAACUAGGUUUGGGUUUGGACUGCUCACAUUGGAGAUUACCAAAGUGGGAGAGGGGUUUACGCCGUAGGCUUGCGUGGGCGGUCUAUUCGCAAGAUAAAUGGUCGUCCCUAGUUGAAUCGAGGCCAUCACAUAUUAGCGAUCAAACCAAUUGGCUUGUUAAGCCAUUAACAGAUGAUGAUUUCCCGGAAAAGACCAAUGACAUGGCCAACAAUAAUAGUUCAGAGUUCCCAGGUGUUGAUGUUGAAUUGGGUAAGGAAUCUUUCAAACACGGUAUUUUGUUGUCUGUUAUUUUGAGCGAGAUAUUAUCAUCACUGUAUACACCUCGUGCAAUUGCUGAGUGUAAUUCGAUCAAUACGGUUUUGAAGAUUGCCAAGCCUCUACAACUGAAGCUCCGUGAGUGGUAUCACUCAUUGCCCAAAUAUUUACAAAUGGGUGCAUCUGGCAGUGGAAAAUUUAAUGUCAAUGGUAACUUGCAACUAUCCUACUUUGCAACUGAAAUUUUGCUUCAUAGAAGAAUCAUUUCGACGUUGUACAAUCAAACAAGAAGUAGUCAGGCUUUCAGCCCAGCUUCAGCGUCUAAUAAUUCUACACCAAGUGCUUUCAGUGAACCACAAUCGUCUUCACAAUCACAGCAGCCUUCAACAAUUCCGCCUCCGCCUCCCCAAUUAAUAGCGGUUUGUAGGAAUGCUGCAAAGACUCGAUUGACAGCUUCCAUUGGAUUUGUUCGAGAGCUAGAUUCCAGUCAUAUGCAAUCUUUCUGGCAUUCAAGUGCAUCAAGAAAUUUCGCAAGCAUUGGUGUCUUUGCUGUUUUGCUUUAUGUUACCAGUUUAGAUGCUGAUGAAGCAUCGAUUUAUCGUGAACACAUUAUGGAUUACAGAUGGAUUUUGAAGGCAAAUGCUGAGACUUUUGGUAUUGCAAAGGAAGCGUUGAGAUUGAUUGAUGGUGUUAUAAAAAAUAUUCCGGGGUUGUGGAAUGAAUAUGAUGAUGUAUCGAUGGAUGCUGUCUCUAAAAAUGUGAAUUUUGAACAAUCCAACUUGAAUUUACACAAACGCACUGUAAGUAAUAACAAUUACGGUGCCAAUAGUGGCGAUUCUCCCCAAAGUAUGGCAUCACCAAAGCAAGCAAAUUCAAAAACGACAAACACCAUAGGCAGAGUAUCACAAAAUGCAACACCGCUGAAUUCGCCGGUUCCGCCUUCUCCAUUGUCUGGACGUAUGAACUUUGAGAACAGCAAAAAUGUUAACAAACAAAGAACGAAAUCACCAAUCAUGAAUCGGAGUCUCAAGCCAGGAAAAUCCAGUGGGGAUCCAAAAUCAGCCACAUCACCUGAGCGAACACCUAUUGUUAGGACCCCGACUCCAGUAUUAAGAUCGCAGAGUAUGGCAUCUACCCCCAAUCAGAAUGCACAAGGCCGGAUUAGCAAAGAUAGUAAUAAUUCGGUGGAAAAGCAAGGAAAAGAGGACAUGGAGAAACGAGAAGCCUCCGUAAAGGAGAAAGCGCAAGAGCUGUUCAGAGUAGAUAAUAAAGAUUCCAUCAUGAAUAUGAAAGAGGCAUUAGAUAUUUCAGGUUCUAGUGAACACCGAAGCAGUGUUGACAGGACUACUAAUAAUGAUGGUGAGAAAGUGGCAGCAGCUCAACAUCGCAGUAGUGGUGACGGCUCGCAAGCAAAUGAGGAUAACUCCUCCAAUACUGGGAAAUUAAACCUGGCAAUGCUCACACAAAUGCAAAUGCAAAAGCUGCUUGGUAUGGGAAAUGAAAAUGGAACCCACUGA